AUGUCCUCGCCGGCGAAGCAUCAGGUCGCCGACCCACCGGCGUCGCAGACGGUCUUCCCCGACGAGAUCCUGGAGGAGAUCUUCCUCCGCCUCGACGCCGCGGAAGACCUCGCCCGCGCCUCCACCGCCUGCACGACGUUCCGCCACGUCGUCUCCGCGCGCCGCUUCCUUCACCGCUUCAGGUGCCUCCACCCCCCGCCCGUCCUCGGCGUCCUCGAGUUCGACGCACCGGGAACAUUUCAUCCCGCGGAGCCGCCCCACCGCUCAGCCCCAGCCGCGCAGUCCGCCGACUUCACUUUCUCCUUCCUCGGCACCCCUCACUGCUGGCAGGUCUGCGAUGCCCGCGACGGCCGCGUUCUGCUUUACCGUCGCGUCAGCGUCACCGCCGUGUUUGCUGACCUCAUGGUCUGCGACCCCUUUCACCGCCGGCACGUCCAGCUACCCGCCAUCCCCGACGACCUAGCGGCUGCUACUGGGGGCUGGGGCAUGCAGGAAUUCGAUCCAUUCCUCAAUCCAAACAGUGACAAUGCGAAACCAGAUUUCUCAUUCCCGGUGAUUUGCGCUGUGCAGUGCGAACACAAGCUGGUGUCCUUCCACUUCUCUUCAGUCACCGGACAAUGGCAGGGCAUCACGUUCAAUCGAACAAUUUCUUUGGAGCCUUUCUUUGUUAGGUUUCAGAAGAUGUUUGAGCGCCACUAUGCACACGGCUGCUUCUUCUGGAUGAUCAAUAUCGUCAGCAGUUUCCUGGUCAUGCUCAACAUGCAUGAUAUGAAACUCUCAGUUGUUGACCUCCCUCCUGGCAUACAUGGGAUCCCACGAGCACGGGCCAUUGUGGAGGCAGGGGAAGGCAUGAUUGGUCUGUUCACUCUUAGUGAUGAUGGCAUGCUACAGCUCUACUAUAAGUCUUUGCGAGGCACUGAGUGGCAUCACGAAAGGAUAAUCCCCUUGCCCAAACCAAACAGUUACUGGAGCAUCGAUCACACAGCUGCUGGGUACUUACUCCUAAAAGCAUCACAACUGGAUCCUUCCCUGUUUGCAAUGCGGGAGUCACAGUAUUUCACACUCAAUCUCAAGACAUUCCUAGUUGAAGAGCUGUGCGUUUCAUGGGAACCUGAGUGGCAGCACGAAAGGAUAAUUCCCUUGCCCAAACCAUACAGUUACUGGAACAACUUUGGUGCAAGUGCAGGGUACUUACUCCUAAAAGCGACACCACGGGAUACUUCGCAGUUUGCAACACAGUAUUUCUAUUUCACACUCAAUCUCAAGACAUUCCUAGUUGAAGAGCUGUGCGUUUCGCACACUAGAGGUGCUCUCCUCUAUGCAAGUUUCUUAUCAUCAUUCUCACUGCCAAGUAUAUGA